AUGGGUAUUCUUAAUUGGGGGUUUAGGUCCACGAUCAAAGUCCACCAGUCAUCACCUCAAGACUCAAUAAUAGUCAGCCCUGAAAGAAUAUCUUCACCAGACUCAAAAGAUGUAGAGAAACAAGAUUCCACCGCAGUAAAAUUUACUGAUUUCACAAAAACCCUUGAGCUCAUUGAUCCAUCGAAAAAAUUAUGGCUAAACCCUUUAUUAUUUAAUGGUUCCUUACAAACCUUGUAUUACACCUCGAUUGACGUUUCAAACAAGUUUAAAAUUUGGUAUGGUAGGGAGUUGUUCCACUACUCUGAUGGAGGCAGCUCAAGUUUGGACUGGGUUAUUCCCGAACCAGACUCAGUUGAGGAAUUUAAAAAAUUGGGUACUGAAACUUUACCAGAGGGAUACCCCAAAUUACACCCACGUACACGCUACUUAUCUAACGACGAGGCUGAGGCCAUCAAUAAGGCAGACGACUUGAAAACCACCCCAAUUGUUGUCAUAUUGCAUGGCUUGGGUGGUGGAUCUCAUGAACCAUUGAUCCGUAAUUUUGCAGAGGUCAUUGACAAGAACACAAAUGGAUGGGACGUUGUUGUAGUAAACAAUCGUGGAUGCUGCAGAACCAAGAUUACAUCAAAUAAAGUUUUUAAUGCCGGUUCCACUAAUGAUAUUAGAGAGGUUUUGCAGAAAUUCAAAAAGCAAUGGCCAAACAGGCCAAUCUUUGUCACUGGCUUUUCAUUUGGUGCUGCAUUGUUAUCUAAUUUCCUUGGUGAAGAAGGUGAAAAAGCAGACUUGGAGAAAAGUGAAGAUAGUAAACACACUGAGAGAUUAGUUGCUGCAGCUUGUGCAGUUGGAUGUCCUUGGGAUUUUGUUGAUAGUGCGUACCAUAUCCAAAACUCACUCACUGGUCGCAUGUUACUCAACCCAGCAUUGGCAAAGUUCCUCGCCAAAAUUGUCACCAACAACUAUGCAGAGCUCAAAGAAUUGAAUCCUGAAUUGGUCAAUGAUCAAACAAUGAAAGAAUUGAAGAACAUAAAAACAACAUGGCAGUUUGAUGAUUUGAUCACAUGUAAAUUGACGCCAUACAAGAAUGCUUUUGAAUAUUAUAGAGAAUUAUCACCAAUAAGAAAAAUAUUGAAAAUUAAAACACCAUACUUGAUUUUGAACUCGACUGAUGAUCCUGCUGUGGGAUGCAGAUUGCCCAUAUUGGACGCAAAGACAAACCCAUACUUAUGUCUUGUUGAAACAGAUAUGGGUGGUCACUUGGGUUAUGUGCAAACAAGUGGAGAGUUUUGGUGUGUCAAGGUUGUUGAAGAAUUCCUUCAAAAGUUUGCAGAGUUAUAG